GGGCCUCGCCGUUCAACGGGAAGGGAAAGACGUCCAGUUACCAUUUGCCAGUGCUUGGCUGGGUAGAGGAGAGAAGGUGUGUGUGUAAAGGGGAUCCAUCAUGUACGAGGCUAAGUGUCUAGUGAUGGACUACCAACCACAUAGCGGUACCGUGCCUGCGGCAGUGGCCCAACCCCAGCAGAAUCACCACCACCAUCAGUUUCACCAGCUUCACCCCCUUGCACCGGACACGUCGGCCCGUUGGAGCCAAUACCAGCAACUCUGGAGGCAGCACCACAUGUUCAUCAACGAUGUUGUUACAGGAAAAUCGUGCGGAAAAGAAAGCCCCGAGAAGAAAGAAGAGACAGAACUGUGGAGCAAUGUUGAAGCGCAGGCUGCAUUCCUCGGCCCUAACCUUUGGGAGAAAACAUUACCUUAUGAUACAGAUCUCAAAUAUGUCGAUUUGGAUGAAUUUCUAUCAGAGAAUGGCAUCCCAGUGGAAGGCGGCCUUCAAGCACAACAGCCCACGCAGCACCCCCCACAAGCAUCCAGCUCAGGGUGCAUCAAAGAGCCCGGGAGGAUGUCACCUAGCAGUAGUACGCAGCCCCCCGUCCUCACCAAAAGGGAGCCAUCGCCCAGCCCCAGUGAAGCAAUGAGCCCACUUGCGAUCAGCCCGCCUUCGCCAGCCGAGUCGACAUUGUCAUUCGCUUCGUCAAGUAGGGACGCCUUCGAUCCAAGGACAAGGGCAUUUUCAGAUGAAGAACUUAAACCUCAGCCAAUGGUGAAAAAAUCAAGAAAGCAGGACUCACAGUUCGUUCCCGAGGGACUGAAAGAUGAAAAAUACUGGGCAAGACGUAGAAAAAAUAACAUGGCUGCAAAGAGGUCACGAGAUGCAAGGAGGAUGAAAGAAAACCAAAUCGCUCUUAGAGCGGGCUUCCUCGAAAAAGAGAACCUGGGUCUACGCCAGGAAAUGGACCGUCUCAAGAAGGAGAACAUCGCUUUACGAGACAGGCUGUCUAAAUUCACCAAUGAGAUAUAACAUUUUUUGUAAGUGGCACAUGUCUGACUGGGACAGAGUGAAAAAAAAAAAUAAAUGUGUCCCUCCCCAGGUAGAACACGAAAUGUCGUCAUGAAUCUCAGUGAACGGUUGAAUUGCAGAACAAUAACAACAACAACAAAUAAACCAGAAGAAAAAAAAAACGAUGUUGCAUUUCAAGAAUGUUUCGUCAAACAUCGAUCUCCAAGCGCCACUUACCAAAUUACCAAAGUGGACUGAACCUUGCCGAUAAAAUUAAAAGUUCACAGUAAGCGCAAGGAUAUUGGCACUUAAACAUUCCUUCUUAUACCUUUUAUUACAAAUAAUUUUUUUGUUCUCACUAUAAUGUAGAGACUUUAAUCAGUUUCUUUAUAUUUUUUGUUUCCCAGAUGAAUUUUUUCUUCUAUGAAUGUUGACAAUUAUAAAUUUUAACUUUCAUCAAACUUGUAAAGUAGUUCUGAUAGUUUAGAAAAAAAAUAACAUUUCAAUUAAUUGCAUGUAGACAGUAUUGGUUUCAGUGUUACCCUUAGGAAGAAAAAAAAACCCUUAUAAGAACAGAAAAAUUCGCGUUUACAAAUUUAUAUUGUUAAUAAUCAAUUUGAAUAAAACAUUUUUUAUUGUGAAACAUAGAACGAGAUGGAGUACACAGGCGUUAUAAAGCCAGGGCUGUGAUUUUCCUUUAACCUAUAUUUAUUGUGAUAUCUAGAAAAUUAUCUUUGUACUUUUCUUUUUGUCGCCGCAUCUCAAAACUGGUUUUCUAUACAAUUGAAUUUGUCAUUUUGUCAAUAUUUUACAGUUAAGACCCCUGUCGGUCGUGUACAGCAAAUCGUUCUAUGGCUUCACAAUUGAAGAAUUUUUUUUUUGAGCUUUUUGAUUUUAUUUUUGAAAUUUGGAUUUUGUGCAAUUAUUUUUUAAACAUUACUCUAAGAUUUUUAGAUUUUGUGUACACUACCAGACAUGUAUUUCAACUAAAAUAUUGUAUUGAAAAAUAUUGUUUUUUAAAAUAAUAUUGUAUGUUCGAUGUCAUUUGAUGUAUAGAAUUUAAUAAGUAGAAAAGAAAUGCUAAUAGCUUUUGUUGUAUAAAUAUAUUACAUUUUUUUUAAUUGAUAAAAUAAAAACAUUAAUUAAAAAACAAAACGAGAGGAUUGCCACAAGUUUAGGAUUAAAGAGGAUUUUAUUUUAUUUUAUUUUUUUUUUUUUGUAUACUGAGCACAAAGUAUGUCCUAUGUUAAUUUGUAAAUUCGAUUUACCUCAGAAAUUAUGCAAGUACCAUGCUUAUACAUAGUUUGACAUAGAUAAUUCAAAAAGUCUGUGUUAUUAAUUUGUACUUAAAAGAACAACCAUUAUUUUAUCAAUUUAUUUAGAAAAAAGAAGCCUGCAUAACAAAAGGUUCUUUGAAAUCUUUGUUGUGUUGAAGGUGACUGAAAGUUACCAUAAUUAAGAAUUGAAAAAAAAAAAAAAA